AUGGAGGGCGGGGGCGCGCGGGUGUCGCCUAGGGCAAGCGGCGCCCGGCGGCACAAGGCGCUCGCGACGUGGCGCUUCCAGAGCGCUUUCGUGCGGCGGGAGAUCAAGCUGGGCGAUGCUUUCGAUGCGAUGCGAUGCGGGUCAGAGACGCCGGAGAUUAGCCGCGAGACGGUGGUCGGCCGUGGACUACCCGGCCCGGAGAGCGACGGAGGCCUCGGAGACGGGGAAUUGCAGAGCUCCGCGAGCGACGGGGGCAGCGAGGUUUCCAAGAGAGGCGGCGUUGGGGUCGGAGGAGAUUGCGGCUUGGAUGGUUUCGACGGCGAUGCAGCUGCCAAAAAAUGCAAAUUUUGUGAGGGUCUUGAGAACAACGGAGUCGCCACAGAGUCUCAUGGGGCGGCCAUACAUAGCAAUUUGCCGGGUUUUCAGUACAAUGGCGCUGCCAAGGAGAGCAAUUCGUCGGGGAAAGAUUGCAAUUCGGAGGGUUUCAGAACUGGUGAUGGCACUCUACUGGGUUGCCGCAAGAGGCACAAGGCAGUGGCACCAUGGAGGUUCCUGAUCGGAUACAAGCCCAAAUGGUCAUUAGGUUUAUGCUCAGGGAAUGGAUAUAAGAGGCAAACUGAAGCUCCAGCAUCCAAGGUCAGAGAUGGAUCGAAGCAAUGUGCUCCUGCCAUGGCACGCAAUCCCUCUCGUGUCAGAGUUUCAGCUGCUAGGAACCGUCCCUCAGUGAAAGUUCAGAAAGGAACAGGUUCGUCGCCAAAGAAGAGGAAAACUAACAAGGACAGUCAUCAUCAAGUAAUGCCAAAUAACAAAAAUUCCUUGACCAGAGAAAAUGUAUUGACAACUUUGCGGGAGUUUCGAAUAAUUUAUAGGAAGCUCCUGGAGGAAGAAGAGACCAAGUGGAGGGCAAGAGGGCUUGCCAUAAGGUCUGAGCUUGCAGCUUUCAAUAUCUAUAGGGAGAGGUUCUGUGUCAACUGUGAUGACCAGAGGUAUGUGGGAAGUGUUCCGGGAGUUCAGAUUGGUGAUGUAUUCAAUUCUCACAUGGAGCUUUCCAUUGUUGGCAUACACCGUGCACAAUUGUUGCCUGUUGAUCACAUUGAGAAGGAUGGGACGUGUCUAGCUGUUAGCAUUGUGUCGUACGCACAACCUUCUGCCUUCGAUUAUAUUAAUAAUUUGGAUUUCUUGUUACAUGUUGGAUCAAUGGCUGCCAUGAGUGAUCAGAAUAUAGAAGGCAAGGACUUGGCACUAAAGCAGAGUAUGGAUACUAAUACGCCUGUCCGUGUUAUUUAUGCAUUAGUACCUGAGCUAGAUGAAGACUGCCGACCAAAACGGCUUACUAGUUAUGUAUACGGUGGUUUAUACUUAGUUGAGAAAUUCUGCAGAGAAGAAACGACGGGAGAUCGGUGUGUUAAUACUUUUCAUCUAAGAAGAAUGGAAGGGCAGCAACACAUUGACAUACAAGAAGUUUUGAAAACUAGAAAGCCAGAACCAUUUGAUGGCAUUUUCAUGACAGACAUAUCAGGAGGUCUCGAGAAGAUCCCUAUUUCUGCUAUUAACCCUAUAUCAAACGAGUACCCGACGACAUUUCACUACAUUUCACAAAUACAAUAUCCCUUGAAGUAUCAGCCAGAUCCUCCCUCAGGUUGUGACUGUGUUGGUGGAUGUUCAGUAUCUCAAAAAUGUGCAUGUGCAGUGAAAAAUGGAGGGGAGUUCCCUUUCAGCGAUAUAGGUCUUAUAAAUGACAAGCCUCUUAUUUACGAGUGUGGACCAUCUUGCAAGUGCCCUCCUACUUGUCACAAUAGAGUUAGCCAGCAUGGAAUUAAGUUUCGCCUCCAGGUCUUCAAAACCAAAUCGAUGGGGUGGGGAGUAAGAAGUCUUGACUUAAUACCGUCAGGAAGCUUUGUAUGUGAAUAUAUAGGAGAGCUAUUGGAGGAUCAAGAGGCACAGGAAAGGACGAAUGAUGAGUACCUAUUUUCUAUUGGAAAAAACUAUUAUGAUGUACCUCGUUGGGAGGGCCUAUGCAAGACCAUUCCCUCCCUUCAGAAUGGCCCUAGUGAAGAUGAAGAAAUUGGCUUUGCUGUUGAUGCUUUGAAUUGGGGCAAUUUUGCAAAGUUCAUCAACCAUAGCUGCACCCCCAAUCUAUUUGCGCAGAAUGUCCUCCAUGAUCAUGACGACAAGAGUAUGCCUCAUAUCAUGCUUUUUGCUGGUGAGGAUAUUCCUCCCCUUAAAGAUCUAUCGUAUGAUUACAAUUAUGAAAUAGAUAAGGUUUAUGAUUCUGAUGGUAACAUCAAGAAGAAACGGUGCUUUUGUGGAUCUGUUGAAUGCACUGGAUGGUUGUAUUAG